ACUAAGUAGAGUUUGAACAAUUUAGGCCCAAAUAUUGCUUGAAAUUUGUGAGCCAGCGGAAGUGACCGGAACAUUAAACCCCUAUUUGUAUAUCUCAGCCGAGUCCGUUUUGGACACCCAGAAUUUUUGACGUACUCUCGCUCAUCUUCAUUUCCUCACAAUGGCGUCCGCAUUUCUUACCUCAGCAAAAUCCUUCACCUUACCCACUAAAACCCCUUCUCUAUCCAGCUCUCGCAGAUCUGCUGGUUUGAGGAGAAAUACUCUUAGAGUUAAUGCCAUCUCCAAUCAAUGGGAACCCUCAAAGGUCGUGCCACAAGCUGAUAGAGUCUUGAUAAGGUUAGAAUCUUUGCCCGAGAAAUCUGCGGGAGGUGUUUUGCUGCCUAAAUCUGCUGUGAAAUUUGAGAGGUACCUUAUGGGAGAGGUUCUCUCAGUUGGAACUGAGGUUGGUGAAGUUGUUGAGGCCGGGAAGAAGGUUCUUUUCUCUGAUGUGAGUGCCUAUGAGUCUGCUAGGUGAACUUGGGAACGAAUGAGAAACAUGUGUUCUGCAAAGCGGGUGACUUGUUGGCAGUGGUCGAAUAGAUGGAAUUUUCGUUCUUAGACCUGUUCAAACAAACAAAUGUGGUUGGUUUGCUUCUCAUGUUGUACUUGAGCGCCUCUCCUAUAUUAAACUUCAUGUAGUUUUUUGGCUUUGCCUACUUUUGACAUGAAGAUCCAAAGAUGCUAGAUUUUUAAUCUAAUAUGCCUUUCUGGUCUCAUUUUGAUGGGGUGGAUCUAGAAUAAUGCUUUUUAUCAAUUUAUUGUGGGUAAAUAACCUUGCACUAUCGUUUUUAUGUGUAGCUCAUUAAUGGAUGGAUCUUGC